AUGGCGGCAGCGAGUCUUCGGGCGCUGUCCUGGACCAAGGGCGACUACCACAUCUCAACUGACUCGUCGCUCAUCCCCGUCUCAGCCCUGCGGCGGUUCUUCGCCUCCCCCGGGUUCUACUGGGCCGAGCCGCUGCCCGACGACGUCCUGCGGGAGACUUUUGACAAUUCGCUAUCCUUUGGGCUGUUUCACAAGCCGAGCGGCGAGUGCGCCGGCAUCGCGCGCUGCGUCACCGACUUCACCACCUUUCUCUACGUGACCGACGUGUGGGUCGAGCCGGAGCUGCAGGGCAAGGGGCUCGGCGGCUGGCUCGUCGACUGCGUGCAAGAGGUCGUCGAGUCGAUGCCGCACCUGCGGAGGAGCAUGCUCUUCACGGGUAACUGGGAGAAGUCGGUGCCGUUUUACAAGCGCCGGAUGGGGAUGGAUGUGAUGGAGAGCCAGGAGGGCAAAGGGCUGGCCAUCAUGGUUCGGAAUGGCCGCGGCCACCCGAGCAACUUGGCGAAAUCUAAGGAAACAAAUGGCACACAUUGA